UUUCAACUCCAGCUGAUGUUUUCUGUCAAUUUCAAAGUGGAAAAAAAGUCAGUUUUAUAAUAACCUCACUAUGUUUACAUAAACAAAUAUGCUCAUAUUCACACUGUGAUCAAAGAAAACACCGAAAAAGAAAUAGCGGCAGCAACGCGACCACCAAAACUGCACCGUAUGUCAGAGUUACUUAUAUAAGCAAUCGAGUAAAAUUAAAUGAAAUAGAAAAUUUUUGAAUGCAACACAGCCGAAUAUUAGAGCGAGAGAAUAGAUUCGAAUAAGAAUAUUCAUUUAAUAAUGAUGUAAUGGAUGGGAUUUUUUUUUAAAACGGCAAGCAAGUGAAUGUGCAGAGAGAAAAAAAACUAGGUGUGAACUGCGUGCAUUCGAAGCAAGUUGUCAAAGUGUGCAGCGCUGCUUUUUAUUCUCGGUUAAAUCGUGUACAGUUGUGACGUUGAUGCGGUUUUUUUUUUUUAAUGGAACAAUACGAAGAUAAUUUGAUCGGCUUGGACGAUCAAAAUGAAUUCCAACGCAUAUUUCCAUUUGUCCUAGUCGAACCGAAUAAAGAAAAUAAUUUGGAUGAGAUUUUUCCCAUGAUUGUUAACCGACCAAUACCGAAUAACCAACAAAAUAUUAAUAAUAAACUAACGCCUGAAGAUUUAAAUAGAUUGGAUCGAUUUGGAACGGCUUUGGCCAGGAAUGGAAAUCUUCUGGCAGCCCAAUGCUGUUUUGAGAAAAUUCUUUCAAUCGAACCGAACUAUUUAAAGUCGUAUCAAAACUUGGACAACGUCAAAAAUCGAUUGGUUGAACGAUGGCAUUUUGGUAUGUUGAAUGAUGCGGAUCGUAAUAAAAAAUAUAAAGCAGCUAUUACUAAGGCAAUUCAGCAACGAAAUCAAGUGAGUGUGCUUGAUAUUGGUACGGGAACCGGACUGUUUGCAUUAUACGCAAAAGAGGCGGGCGCCACACAGAUAGCAGCUUGUGAUAGUUCAUCGGUUAUGUGUCAAAUGGCAUCGGAAGCAUUUCAUCGCAAUGGAUGCGGUGAUCAAAUAAAAUUGAUAGCAAAACAUUCGAACAAAUUGAAUGCCGAACUUGAUUUAGGUGGAAAGGUUGAUUUAGUUGUAACGGAAACAAUGGAUUGCGGUGUAUUUGGUGAAGGUUUGCUCGAUACGCUUAUAAAUGCCAAAGAAUUUCUUCUCAAAGCAAAUGGUCAAAUAAUACCAGCACGUGUCAAACUGUAUAUAGCCGGUUUUCAAUCAACACAAUUGGCAAUGGAAUCAAAUGUUAUAAAUACAAAUAGUUUUACCGAUACCAUUUUUCUUCAAAACUAUACUCUUAGUUCAAAUAAUCAAGAUGAACCAUACGAUUCAUGUUACAUCGAACAAUUAACCGAUUUUACGCUAAUUACAAAAGUCGAAGAAGCAUUGAGCGUGGAUCUCAACAAUUUGGAUCAAAUGUACUCAUUGAUGAAUGGACAAAUUACCAAAGAUGUGCGCUUAGCAUAUAAUAUACCAGAGAGUAUUUUGGAUGGUUUUUGUGUUUGGUUUGAAAUGUCACUCGAUCCCGAGGAAACAAUUAUAAUAAGCACAGAUCCACGGAAUCAUAAUGCAUCGAUUGGUGAGCAACAGUGCUGCUGGGAGACUGCCAUAUUUCGUUUAAAACAUCGUUUUACAAAUACACAAAAAUUACAAAAUCUCAAUGUCACUGUUUCGGCAGCAAAUGGAAUAUUGGCCCUCGAACACUAUUAUGAUACAUAUGCUAAAUCGUAUACGGGAUUAACCACAGAAAUGGUGCGAUUUUUAAAUGACAUCGAUCUGAUUGAUGCAUUAGAAUUCGAAGCGUUCGCUGAAAUAACCAGAAGAUUUGGAACAAUAAAACCAAAACCAAGAUCACCGCUACCAUGCGGCAAGCCUAGAAAACCAAAACCAGCAAGAGAACUUAUAUACAUCGAUAAUGUGUUAGAUUUUUCACCAUUUCCCUCGGUUGGCAUAGCAUUGCUAAAAGAGAAACGCCUCAAAAAAUUAUAUUGCUCAAGAGAAGCCUGCAAUUUCGUGACAUUCAUAUCCAAAACAAAUUGUAUAUCAAUGAAUAACAUAGUAUUUAUUGAUGAUCCGCAUGAUGCGUUAUUCGUAAGCGAUGUCUUCGAUUUGAUUAUAUUGCCAUUGAUUGACCACCUCGGUGCAUUGAUCUCGAGUAAUGUAGCCAAUUAUGGUCUUUUAAAAGAUAAUAAAUUAACAAAAAAAGGUUUCAUGAUGCCUGAUCAAGUGGACGUUUAUUGUAAUGUCAUUCAAUCACGAUGGCUACGCACAUUUUGCCGUGUAACCCAACCAGAAAUAGUGGAUCGUCUUCAAAUUGGAUCGUUAAUAAAUAAAUAUGCAACAACAUUACACUUAGAUUUACCCGAAUUUUUGCCCACAUGCAAAACAUUAUACGAAGCAUUUCACAUAGGCAGUCUGCGAUUAAACGAUGAAUUCUAUUCGUCGACCCAUGAACUGUUUGUGGGAUUGGAUAGGCCAGUGAUUAAUCCGGAACCAUGUAGCAGCAGCAGCAUCAGCAGCGGCGGCAGUUAUGCUAUUCACGGUAUAUUGUAUUAUUUCCACUUAAUAUUGUCGCGAACGUCAGCAGAUGAAGCCAUUUCAACGAAACGAAAUAAUUCAUUCGCUCGAUUAGGCUGUUUUAUGUUCAACGAGAAUGAGGUGCACAAAGAGAAUGGUUAUGUUAAUUUAACAUUUCGCCAAAAUUCUGGUGUUAUGAAAAUCGAUGUAUAACAGAGUAGGGAUAUUUGUUUGAUUCACAUAAAGAAAUGCUAUUUAGAUUAUUGAAAUGAUGUUUUUCUCAAAUGUAUUUUCAUAAAGUUUUUUUUUUUCGUUCUUCACAAUUUUGUUAAACUUCAAUUACAAUAUAGUCAAUAAACAAAACAAAAAGGUACAAUGUUUCAAAAAUGAUGAUUCUAAAUUUCUAUCAAAAUGUAAAGAAUUUCGAUAUAAUUUCUUAUGCAAUCAACCAACAUUAAAAAAGAAAGAAUAAUACUAAAUAA